AUGUUGUUGGGAGAGGCUAUAGUAUUAGUGGUUUUUGGUGUAAUUUCGAUAUCUGCUGACAAAAAUUUAAUCACUUUGAAUGAGGAAUCGUGGACCGAAAUAUUAAGUGGUGAAUGGAUGAUUGAAUUUCAUGCUCCUUGGUGCCCUGCUUGUAAGGAUCUUCAGAAAGCAUGGCAAGCAUUUGCUGAUUGGAGUAAAUACCUUGACAUAAAAGUUGCUGAAGUUGAUGUUACCGUAAAUCCAGGAUUAUCUGGUCGUUUUCUUGUUACAGCUCUUCCAACUAUUUAUCAUGUGAAAGACGGUGUAUUCCGUGCCUACUCAGGAGCUCGAGAUAAAAAUGAUUUUAUUACUUUUAUCGAAGAAAAGAAAUGGGCAUUUUAUGAUCCCAUACCAAGCUACAAGCAUCCAAGUUCUGUACAGAUGUCAAUAGUUGCAUGGUUCUUUAAAUUAUCUAUGUUCGUGCGUGACAAGCACAACUAUUUAGUUGAUGAAGGAUUACCGUCGUGGGCAUCGUACUGUAUGUUUGCUGGUAUUACAUUGGCUUUAGGCUGCGUACUUGGCUUUUUUAUUGUAUGCAUUAUUGAUCGAGUUUUUCCUACUGGUCAUAAUCAGCUUCCGAAAUUAGAAAAAAAGCCGAAGAAAGAUCAGAGAAACAAAGCUAAAAAGGUUAUCUUUGAAUGUUUUUCAACAGAUGAAAAUAUGCGAAAUAGAAAAGGGACUGCCAAAAAUGAAGCGAAGAAGAAGAAAUAA